AUGUCAUCCUUCUUGGUUCCACGUUCGCUACAGGACACUUGCCAGCUUAUUUUAGUGCUAUCAUUUGGUAUUGUACAAACGACAAGGCCGGGACCGGACAGUUACGGGACCGAUUUUGUAACCCUCUUUCCUUUUGUCAAAGAAAUGGCACAGCUUUCUACGUUUACCUUCGACAUCAUCAAUCCGAAUGAGAAUGAAACCGCUACGAUCCACUUGAGUUACCUUACACCCAGUAACGAAACUAUCGCUCUGCGACUACAGCAAGAUACGAUUACGGUGGCACCGACGACUCACGCAACGGUCAGCUUCGCUACUUAUCUAGUUCACAAGAAACCGCAUUUCUUGUUCAUUAUUACCUUUUGCUUUUUAUACCUUUUCCUUCUGUACUCUUACUCCAUUUCCGUCACCUCGAUAUAUUAUUAUGUCUUAUUUGUUUAA